UACUCGUGCAAAACAAAUCGAAAUCGACAGUCGCUAGUACAUUAGGCCAUUCGUUGUCGUAACAGGUCCCGUUUAAUCGAAAUAGUUAAUAAUAUUCGUAAGAUUAUAUUAGCUAAAUUAGAAUGUUACGGCACAUCAAUCGGAAACGUGUAGGCUUUAGGAUACUGUCAGGACCUCGUAUUCAUCACCAUUUCCACCGCUCGCUCAGUUCCGUGCUGGAGACACCGGAUGUGGACGUAUCGCUCAGUACAGGUCGCAUCGUCCGUAUUUCUUCCGGCAAAUACGCCCGCUUCGCGGAUGGCUGUUCCGUUGUAUCGAUAGGCGAUACGGCCGUGAUGGUAACGGCGGUAGCCAAAAGCAAACCAACCAGCGGUAGUAAUUCGUUUCUACCAUUUGUAGUUGAUUAUCGGCAGAAGGCUGCGGCCGCUGGCAGAAUUCCAACAAAUUUUCUGCGUCGAGAACUGGGACCAUCGGAAAAGGAGAUACUGGCGGCCCGUUUGGUGGAUCGUUCGGUGAGGCCAUUGUUCCCAGCGGAGUUUAGAAGUGAUACUCAGCUGGUGUGUAAUAUGUUGGCAAUCGAUUCCAGUAACCUACCGGACGUGCAGGCGAUUAAUGCUGCUUCGGCAGCGUUAAGUCUUAGUGAUAUUCCUUGGAACGGGCCGAUUGGGGCAGUUCGAGUGGGGCUGGUAGACAAUGAGGUGAUUAUCAACCCUACGAGAAAGGAACUACAACUUUCCGCUUUGGACUUGGUAGUAUCUGCCACGAAGCAGAAUUUGGUUGUGAUGUUGGAAGGUCGGGGUGAUGUCGUUAAUGAGAACGAGCUGAGGAUGGCAAUCAAGAAGGGCACGAAGGAAGCUCAGUUGAUUAUUAAUGGAAUUGAGAAGCUUCAGAAAUCGUUUGGGAAACCGAAAAGAACGUUGGAACCAUUGCCGCAGGCGGAACAGGAAAUUGAGGCUGCCGUACGGACUAUGGCAGAGAUGCGGUUGCGGGAGAUUUUUAGGGAUUUUGCGCACGACAAAUUCAGUAGGGAUAAUGCUGUUACCAACACCAGAAUCGACACAAUUGAUAAAGUGUGGUCAUGUUAUCCGAGCUCAGAUCCAGCGUUGAUCACCGACUGCUUUAAUCGGUUUGCGAAGUUUGUUUUCCGCGAGAUGGUCUUCGAAGAGAAUCGAAGAUGUGACGGACGAUAUUUGGACGAUCUAAGAAAAAUAUCCUGUUCCGUGAAUCUACACAGGCCAUUGCAUGGGUCAGCACUUUUUCAACGCGGUCAAACGCAAGUGUUUGCCACUGUGGCUUUGGAUUCUCCGGAAAGCGCCCUCAAGCUAGAUCCGAUUACCUCGCUAGACACGGGCGUCAAGUCAAAAAACUUCUUUCUUCAUUAUGAGUUUCCACCGUAUGCGACUGGUGAGACGGGUAAGAUUGGUCCCGUUGGUCGGCGGGAAAUUGGUCACGGUGCACUAGCUGAGAAAGGUCUAUUGCCAAUCAUUCCCAACGACCAUCCUUUCACGAUUAGACUGACGUCGGAGGUGCUGGAAUCAAACGGUUCCAGUUCGAUGGCGACGGUUUGUGCGGGAUCGAUGGCGCUGAUGGACGCUGGCAUCCCAGUGCAUGAAGCAGCAGCCGGUGUUGCCAUUGGGUUAAUGACGAAGUACGAAAACAACGAUACUAAGCAUCUGGAAGAUUAUCGAAUAUUGACGGAUCUGUUGGGGAUCGAAGAUUACAUGGGUGAUAUGGACAUGAAGGUAGCCGGAACCCGAAAGGGAAUGACGGCGAUUCAGGCUGAUAUAAAAGUUCCGGGAAUCCCACUGAAGGUCGUAAUGGAAUCGCUUCAGAAGGCGAUGGAAGCACGUUUCAAAGUCCUGGACAUAAUGGAUCAGACCAUCGGAACGACUAGAACGUUAAAGAAAGACUGCUGGCCAGUGACGGAUCGAUUGCAAAUCGAACCUCACCAGCGCUCAAAAUUGGUCGGGCCUGGGGGAAUCAACAUCCGACGUCUGUAUUUGGAAACGGGCGUUCAAUUGACCCAGGAAGAUGAAAACACGUUCCGGAUAUUUGCUCCCUCGGAUGCGGCAAUGCACGAAGCGAAAGAGUAUCUCGAAAAACUGAUGAAGGUGGACAGGGUGCCGGAGCUGGAAUUUGGGUCGAUUUACACUGCCAAAAUUGUGGAAAUGCUGGACACCGGAGUCAUGGUGAAGCUAUAUCCAACGAUGCCACCGGCACUGCUGCACAAUUCGCAGCUGGAUCAGCGGAAGAUUGCCCAUCCAUCGGUUUUGGGUUUCGAGGUCGGUACGGAGAUACAAGUUAAAUAUUUCGGCCGGGAUCCGGUAUCCGGGUUUAUGCGUCUUUCACGCAAAGUACUUCAAGGACCAGCGACCAGUUUGGUCCGAAAUCUAGAUCGAUCGGGAAGCGCUGUCAGCGGUAGCAAUCCUCAGUCCGUUCCUAUUAGCGAUUCCAACGACGUGAAAUCGUAGCUUUAUUGAACAAACUAGGAGCUAAAAACUACCGGCCUAUAAAUUGAAUCAAAAUAGUAAAUGAAGGUUUGCGAGUAUUACUACAAUGACGUUCUAGUAGCUUUCGGGUACGACGAAGGCAAUUCCUGCUGCCACCAGCUGGGAUCUGCCAAUCCCUUGACCAACAUCGACAGUAAUUUCGCAGAUCAAAUUAUCCCGUGAAAUGUUGCUGUACAGUGGAAUUUCAA